AUGGGUGCUCAUUGCCUCGAAAACGGCGAUGUGAUCACGAAAAGUCCAUUAAUAGAUCGAAUUUUUGCCCCUGGUAUUCAAAUGAGGAAGACUGGACAAAUCCUGGAGGUCGAUCAAGAGUGUCGUGGACAACAAGGAGGUGCGCGACCGAAGCUGGUGCUGAACAUCGAAACGGUCGCAAACACUACGGGUUUGGAAAAUUCGCUAGCGAGAAAAACGGUGGAUCCGAUCGAGGAGAUUGCGUUAAUUCUAUGA